CCGUCGAGCGCUGAUAUGUUAAUGAUUGGCUGCGACCCAGGUUAGGGCGGAGUUGCGGAGGCGUGAGAAUUCAACCUAUCGCACUGCCACAGAGGAAUUUGCAUGUCGGAACAGAUCGUCGCAAAGCUCAGUAAUGUUGAGCCUGAAGCAGCUGAAGGCAUAAUCCGAGAAGAGAUCACCCAAUGCUUAGAGAACGCAUUGUCUAUGGAGCCUUUGCAUCAAGCCCUCGAUCAGAUCUACCAGAAUUCUCAUGAUGCCUUAAACCCAUUAGAAUCCACGGCAUUGUCAUGCAUAUCCCUCCUUCUGUCCACCCCAGCGCUCUUAGAUCCCUGUAGCAAGGGAAUAUUGUCUUUCAUAGCGCUGCACGCUUCUGCGAGGGAAGUAAUUCUGCAACUCGAUGAAAUCAUUGAAGGGAUUUUCAAUGAUGAGUUUACUCAUUCGGAGGAAGAUGAUAGUGCAAUCAGAAUAUUCGAUAGAGUCGUUCUCGUUCUGAAGAUAUAUGCCUCUGGCUUCGGAAGAAACCCCUUUCUGAGAUUUUAUCCCCGAUUCUGAACCGAUUGACAAAAACUCUUGAUCUUCUGGAAUCCCAAUCUCUCGAAAGAGGCAGAGAACUACUUGGCGAGGUCCUUAAUAUUUCAGCAACAUCUGCAAGACGGUCAUC